AUGCUCGAAGAUCCAUUAUCACAUGCCAAUCACUUCAAUUAUACGUUACUCGCGUUCAGCAUUGGAUAUUUCCUUUAUGACUUCGUUGAUUGUGUCCAAAAUUCCACGACAUCCGUUGUUCCGAUUUUGAUUCAUCAUAUUAUCGUUAUUGUAUUCUUCUCUCAUGUUCUUUAUUAUACACGGAAUAUUGGUUAUGCUAUCUAUGGUCUUUCAUUAGAAAUUAAUAGUGUAUUCUUACAUGCACGUCGGUUAAUACGAUGGUAUUCACCGUUUUCUAAAACGAUUCAUUUUCAAAAUUUCUUAAAGAUAUUUAUUGAUAUUGGAAAUUAUGUGACUUUUGUAUUAUUUCGCUUUGGAAUUGUUAUUGCUGGUCUACGUGCGUUACAUCGGGAAGGGUUUCGUUUGAAUCCGAUUGCCAGGGCAAGUUUUGAAGUGAAACCGGGCCCAGGAAGUUACCAUCUCUUUUCAAGCGAAUAA